GAACCCCCAAGAGAUCGCAAAAAGGAGAAAAAUAUCAAGCACAGCGGUAAUAUAACAUUGGAUGAAGUGAUUGAGAUUGCAAGGACAAUGCGUUUCAAAUCUUACGCAAUAUCUCUAAAGGGAACUAUUAAAGAAAUUUUGGGCACAUGCAAUAGUGUUGGAUGCACCAUUGAUGGUCAAUCACCCAAGGACUUGAGCGACGCAAUCGAGGCGGGUGAAGUUGAGGGUACAUAA